AUGGAUCCUCAGCGGUCCGAUCGUUUCCAAGAAGAUUGCGUCUAUCCAGGGAAGUCUACGGCGUGACGUCUGCCGAGGGCAUCCCUCCAAAGAUUUCGGCUUUGUAUUCUACCCAAAAAAGUGACGAUAUUUGAGCACAACCGCCGAUAUCUACCCCAUUCGCAGCUCACAAGGGACCCACACCCCCACGCAGAGUCCUGUUCGUGGUUGAACCCUCGUAUGGGACCUAGUGAGAAAAAUCAUGCGUACAUGACGUCAGCGAGGUGACUAACAGCUGAAAGGGAUAACAUUUAUUAAUUAAAAUGAUGGAAAUUAAGAGGGACAGGAGCGAGCGAGAGAGAGAGAGAGAGGAGCCUUUCUAUUUAAUAAUUGGAUUAUCAAAAACAUUUAAAAAUAAGCAAUUAUUAGAGUAAGCAUAUUAAACUAAAUAUCUAACUUUUUUUGUAUAAUUCUAGCAUGCUGUGCAUAUAUAGAGGUAAGAGAGAGAGUUUUGGGAUUCGAAAUGGGCUUUUGGGCCAAAUGGGCUUUUUAGCUUUGAACCAACUGUUGGUUCAACAUUACUUGCCAGUUCAUGUACACACUAAUGAGAGAGAGAGAGAGAGAAAUGGGUUUUCGGGUCGGGCCCGGCCCUUUAGCUGACCCAUAUUUGGGUUUUUCUCCGGUCUGAGCCGGCCCAUUAACGAACUAUGAGUAUAGUCAGACCGGUCGCAAGGGAAGAAUUGAGGAACCCUGGUGGCGGAGAGCUAGAUAUAGUAGGGUUUAACGCUGAAUAGCGUGGGGUUUAGCCCGUCGAAUUCAGAGAGGCAGAGAAGUCUCUCAAGGGCCAGACCCCGUCGCCACGAGAAUGCGACAGUGAAGCCUGGUUGCCCGUCGAAUUCAGAGAGGCAGGGAGAAGGUCUGUCGAGGAUCAGCCCAUCGCCGCGUCUUUCGGAGAGGGCGAAUUUCGAACAGAAGAUGGUUUUCCAAAUGGAGUAUGGCUCGUCUUACGUUUUUUUUUUCUUCGUUUUAUUCCCCUUUUUCCUGGAACAGAAGAAUUGUAUAAAAUGUUGUAUCUGUGUUGUUCUUUGUCGUUAAUUUUUUUCUGGCAUGGUGAUCGUUUGUCAGCGGGAUUAUUCCGCCGGAGUUGGGGAACGGGGCGAAGGUUACAUUAAAAUCUCUAGCCGCCCCCGUAAAGUCCCAAGUCGAUAAAUUCCAGCUUCUACCCGCCUUCUUGAAGGUCUGACGUCGACCGUUCCCCUUAUUAUUAUUAAUUUCUUAGAAUCAGAGUGGCAUUUCAUUUUUUGUUACCAUGUUGACUGUCUGAUGAUGGCCUUGUCUGCUGUUUGCAGGUGAGGGGCUUGGUCAAGCAGCACAUAGACUCUUUCAAUUACUUUGUCAACUCCGACAUCAAGAAGAUAAUGAAAGCCAAUGACCUUAUCGUGUGUCCUUAUGAACCCAGCUUGUAUCUGAGGCAAUAUUUCAAUGCUCCCCACAGAGGAAAAGUCAAAAAAAUUUACAAUGUUUUUCCUUAUUGAUUUUUAUUUAUUUUUACAGAUAUACCAAUGUUUAUAUUGACGAGCCCUCUGUGGAAGUUGACUUUGUAAAGGAGAAACUCACACCCCAUCAGUGCCGCCUCUCAGACCGCACGUAAGCCUAAAAACUAUAAUUUGAAUGUCGAUUUGUGCGUUUAUAAUAGUUUCAUGCCUUUUAUGCUCAUUUACUUUUCGUAGUUGGCCCACAUUAAUGAUAUGACGUUUGUCAGUGGCCUGUGCAAAUAGUUUACUCCGCAAAACAGUGAUGUGAUCCAAGUUGACUAUAACUACUGAUCUCGGUACUUUAUCAGAUCUAAUCAUGAAACCCUUCUUAUAUGUCUGGGCAAUUUCAGAACGACCGGAUGGGUAAGAAAAAAGAAGACCAAUUCGAGUAUGCUAUCAAUUUGAGGAUGGAAAUUACUUAUUUGGAAAGCCAGUAUCUGCCCUCGCAGACUGUUUGUAUUGUUUUUCCAGUUUUGAAGGUCAUCGGACCACAUUCUUUGUGUUCUGCAUAUUUCUCGGAAUAUUUUUGUCUGUGGUUGGCCUUGUUACAAAGGACUGCAGAUGGGAUUCCAAGGACGACACAGUAUUUCUCAUCUAACAUCUUGGUAUUUCUAGGAAUCAUUACGUAUGCCUAACCAGUGGUAACCUGUGCAGCUGUUCAUACUGUCAAAAAAACUGCACAUUGGUAUAUAUAACGCAAUCUGAAUUAUGCGUAUAAGGCUAAAUUGUUUACUCAUCAAUUGGCCAAUAAGGAUGCAUUUAAAAUUACUCCAUUGUUAUGAUUUAUUAAUCUGAGCAAAUAGCAACCUCCUGAUUCGGAUUUUGAUAUUUGAUGCGUUUUGCUGUAGGUAUUCUGCUCCAAUUAAAGUUGAUGUUGAAUAUACCAUGGGCAAUCAAGUUUCAAAGACGCUUGUACAAAAGGUUUCUUGAGUAAUGAGUAGGAAACCUAUGUAAUUAGCUGAAAAAGUUUGGAUUUCUUAUUUUUAUUGUUUCUCAUUGCAGAAAGAUGUUGUGAUCGGUAGAAUGCCAAUCAUGCUUCGGAGUUCCUGCUGUGUGUUAAAUGGGAAGGAUGAAGCUGAACUUGCAAGACUUGGUUCGUUGUUGUCUGAUAUCUUUUUAAAGUCCUAUAUCGUCAAUUUUAUUUCUUUUUCAUCUUUCUGAGAAGGCUCAAACUUUUAUUCUUUUAUUGAUCCCCACGAAAGAGUAGAUUUAUGGGCAGACUUGGAGCAUGCUCUACUAUGAGGUUUUAAUAGUGCUGGCUUUGCUGACUGAAGACUAUAGGUUUAUGAUUUAAAAAAUUAAAGAAAAUUUUCUGUUAAGAAAUAAUAAUCGAAAUUUAUAGGUAUUGUAGUUUCAAAAGACAACAUUUUCGUAGAAAAAAUGACGUGUACUUGAUGCUUAAUUUUGUGAAGAUAUAUGCUGUCUAUCUUUUUGUCAUUGUUGACAGUGAUCAACACCUUGAUCAUCUUCAUCCCAUUUAAAUUACUUAUUUAGGUCUUAGUGUCUUAUUGUUUCCGUCAUGCUGUUUGCCAAUUGUUCUUCCACAUGCUGCCAUAUUCACGUGUGAUAACAUUGCGAUUAUGUUAUUGCUUUUGGAGCAUACACUUUCUAAAGGAAUAUACUGAGAAGCAGGCCCGGUUUCUGCUGAAGGGAUCAAUUGUUUUCAAUGUUUCCUCUCUUUCGAUAUAAUGUAGUCAUAUUAUGGGUUGAUGAGAAAUGUGAACUUGACCAUGCAGCCAACUUUUUAAUCCCCUGGAACUUGGGAGGGAGACUGUGUGACAGAUGGACAGUGGCCCUAGAAUUACCCGUUCAAGGCUUUGUUAGCUACUUCCUGAUACUGAUUUGUCUUAAAAAGCUUUCUAGAAUCGCUAAGGUUUUUCUUGACCUUUUCAAAGGGCCUAGAAAUUAUGAUCCAGUCGUUUUGCAUGUGUACAUACGAUUUCCUUCUUCUCUUUGGUGAGGUCAUACAUUGUCUGAAGUGACUCUUUUGUGGGGAGGGUUGCUACAUUAGGCUACAGUUGUCUUACACAUGACCAUUUGCGAGGAUACAUAGGGUUUAUGAAAAAUUUCUUACGGGAGGUAUGGUUGUCUUCUCAUGUUAAUAAAUAUGCAAAUAUGAUUGCUUUUUAAAUUAGUCCUAAAAUUUCCCUUUGAAUUUAUAAAUCUUGUAACUUGUGAUUUUUUUCAUCUGAUUCUUUGAGCAACUUUGACUCAAGGAGCUUUUUUUUUUAAUUUCGCUAUGGACAUUCUAUUUUUCUUCUUGUUGUUUUGUUGAUAUCUCUGCUGUUUCGUAGAAGUUAGAUGCAGUUUAUGUAGAAUAUCAUCUAGGAGUUGAACUAAUUUCUUGGCCUGUGAUUUCUAGGCGAGUGCCCACUUGAUCCUGGAGGCUACUUUAUUGUGAAGGGAACUGAAAAGGUACCUUUAAACGUUUCCUAUUGGAAAUCGUUAUUGCAUUUAUGCCAAAGUAUUUUCUUUUUGCUGUUGGUAUACUAUGAAUUUUAUUUUUGCUGCUGGUACACUAUAAGAGGCGCACUUAAUCUCUAUCCUCCAAAUGUUAAAUAAGAAUUUCAUGCCUAUCAAUGUUUGGAGUUCUACAAUAACUGACAUAUCCUUAUGAAUACAAAAGUGCAUAUGUUGAGAGCGUGAUGUGUUUGGAACAUUGGACUGGUGACUUACUGCAGCAUGAUUAAGGUCGAUGAAAAUAGGUUUUUGAAGCUUAAAGCAUGGGGAGAGGAGAAGCGGAAAUAAAGGAAGCAAGAUAAUGGAGAGAAAUAUCAUGGAGGCAAUCUAGUCAGCAGGAUGACUUAUGAUUUUGGUGGAACAGACAUGUAACAGAGAAUGUUGUGGUUUGUCCUUCAUGGAAACUUUUGGGCUAUUAAGAGUAAAAGAAAUAUACAUAUAUCUUACUAUCUUCAGAAGGGAAACUUUGCCAAUAGAUGUGCAGUUGACACAGUUAAUGAAUGGGUGAGACUUCGGUGUGAUGAUGAAGGAUUGCAAAUGUUAUUUUGGCUUUUUGAAAUUGUUAAAAUGGCCUACCCUAUGUUGGUUCAGUACCAAAACUGAUGCAAGAGGGUUUUUUUAGUACAUUCUUCUCUCUUUCGUUAGCUGUAUGUAAAAAAGAUUCAAAAUUAAUAUCGGAGAAUAAAAAAAGUGCCAUAUUGUCUUUUAGUUGAAGAAAAUGAUAUUUCUGAUCCAUAUCUAUAACUAUCAAUAUCUUUGGUACAUUUACACAUAUAUUGUGUAACGCUAAUUAAUAGGAGCCCAUCCUAGUCCAUAUUUGACCUGGAACCGAAAAUGGGCUCAGAGGUUUUGGGAACUGUUUGGAUGCCUAAAAGCUUGAUAAGUUAAGAUAAUUUAAAAGAUAUUUUGACAUCUAAACAGAGUAUGAACUUCUAAUGUUCGGUGAAACAUCAAAUUACGAAAGUCCAUGAGCCAUUGUUUCAAUCUAUAAAGAUAUCUGUGUAACGUUUUGUCUUGACAUUAUCCCGAAAGCAAAAGUAACCAUUGAGAGCUAACCAUCAUAACCUUUUAAGUUUUAAGAUAUAAUCAGUCCCUUUUGUUCUCUUAGUUACCUGCUUUAGUUAUCUAGUUCCUCAUAAGAUUGUCGUACUGAGGGAUGAUUUUUCUAUUGGUUGUGUUAUUUAUCUUAUCCACUGCAUUAAUUUUUUAUUUAUUCAGGUAGGAGCUCAUAAUGUUCUUAUAUUUCCUAGAUUUUUCAUUACAGCCUUCAACGAUGAUUUGCACCAUGAUCAUUUUUUUCAAUUUUGCUUUCUCUAGGUGAUUCUGAUACAGGAACAACUCUCAAAGAACCGUAUAAUUAUUGACGCUGACAGUAAGGGACGGUAUGCACUCUAUUAGAUGAAUCUAGCUUUGUAUUUAUUUUGUAAAAAAUGUUUUUUUUUUCAUUGCCAGUUUUCAACUUGUUAUUCUUUUUGGCAUCAGGAGGAGUCUCCACUCCUUUAACCACCCAAAGUUGCUUCCUAUUUUGGGGAAAACGUAUUUAAAUUGCCUAAAUGUAUGUGUCGGUUAUGAUUUCCUCCUUCAUGAUGUAUCUAAUUAGUUUGUAAACAUUCUGGGCCAAAUAUCUUAUGAUCUUGAUUGCAGCACAGGCAGAUCCUGUCAUUUUAGAUGUGUUAGAAGCAGCAUUGUUUCAAUAGUUUCCAUAGUUUCCAUAGUUGUCAUCUGUCCUUGUUCAUAUUAUCACCUAUUUCUCUCUCAGAGUUCGACAACAAUUGAAGGAUGCUUUUGAUCCCAAGGUUGCUUCACUUUCGCAAAAUGUGUUUUUAUGAAUCAAUCUAUUUUCUAUCAUUUUAUGGGUAAAGUUUUGGAUCUCCUGGUGCCACUUCAAAUUCCACAGUAUUUUAGAAAUUAGAUAUUUGAGUGGCUUAUUGGACCUUUCAUGCUCAGAAAAUUCGCUGAUAUUUCUAAUAUACACAUUUUCUUUUUUCUGGCCUUGGUCAUCCAAAAAAACUCUCAACUGUGGUUAUUUUUCUGUCUUUUUGUGAGCUCUAAGAUUGGGCAGAAAUAUAAGGUAUAAGAACCAAGUAGAAAUGGUGUUGUCACAGCACGCUUAAUAUUAGGUUGUCCCCGUGCAUUUGGAAAAGAUGGAGACAUCAUAUGUUGACAAGACAUAACAAUGGUGUUGCCCAAUGCAUACAAAAGGUGUUCAAAACAUACGUCAUGUACAGUUACAUUUAUUGAGAACCACACCAAUGCACACCUUCAUUGAAGCCUCCCUCACUGUCGAGUUCUUGUACAUUUUUUUUUUGAAUUUACGAUCAUAUCUUUUGACAUCCAGGUCUAAACUGCUAUACUGUUCCUGUGAUUAGUGUAACAGCAUCAGUUACCAGCAGCACUCAUGAAACAAAAAGCAAGACAGUGUUCUUCAUGGAGAAAGAGAAGAUAUACCUUCAGCUCAAUCAGUUUAAUAAGCCGGUGCUUACUAAAAUCAUUAUAUUUUGUCUCUUUAUUUCUUUUAUUUCUGGGUUAAGAUAGAGUAGAACGGAUAUAUAGAGCAUGCAUAAUAAGCAACUUUCAUUCUUAAUCUGUUGAUUUUCUUCCAUUGCUUUCUCAUCUCAAAUUUAUGAAUUUUUUCUUUGUAAUCUUUAUUUCUGUAGCUGAACCUUCCCGAGAUAUCCAGUCAGUACUAUCUCUGCCUCAUUUGACCUACACUAGUUUUGUGCUUAAUGAGAAUUUGUUAGCAAUCUCUUAUCAUUGUAGCAUAAAUCAUUGCAGCAUGGAUAGUUUGAUCUCUAUCGAUUACAACAAGAUUCUAAUGUUUUUUGUUUGGUACUGAAAUCCAGUCAGACCAAUCAGCGAUUUCUGAUCUUAAUGAGGUUAACCAUAUUUCCAAAGUGCAAUUGGUCACGAAAUCAUUUUUUCCCUUUUUCUUUGACAUGUUUGUCAGGUGAUUAUACGUCACAUGUUCAUCUUUGAGCUUCUUGGCAUGUAUAGUGUAGAAUGAAUAUAGUAAACAUUUAUAAAAAACAAGAAGAUCAAUAUUCUUAGAUUUGCAUUUGGCCUUUAAGACUUAGUGAUGAGCAUCGAAUAACACAGGUUUCUUUACAGAAAUGAAAAAGAUGUUCAAUUCCUUCUAAGAUAUGAUAUACAUAAAACAUAAUAAAGCAAAUAUCAUCCAUAAAUGAGUGAUAAAAUCAUAUUUUAAAAAAGGUAGAACAUAUGAUUUUAAUUUAUGUUGAAGUGAUGUGCCAUGGCUACCUAUCUUUGAUUCCUUUUUAUCUACUUCUACUGUUUAUGUUCCUCUUCUCCUUUUCUUCUGCCUAAAACCACUAAAAGGUACUCUUUUGUGUUUCUGUGCAUGUACUAGGGAUGGUUCCUCCUGUUCGCUAAAUUUUUUAUUCUUAUGAUCUUUAUACAUAGACGAAGAAAGCAUUUUACAAAUGUCUUGCACGUAUAAAUUUUCUUUUUUGUUUUCGCGUCAUUUUUCUGCAUGUUGUCUAUUGUGAUUUUUUUUUUCUCAUCACUUUGUUGUAGAUUCCCGUCAUGGUUGUUAUGAAGGCUAUGGGAAUGGAGAGUGAUCAAGAAAUUGUACAAAUGGUUGGUAGAGAUCCACGAUAUAGCUCACUGCUCCUUCCAUCCUUGCAGGUAACUGGAUCAUUUAUGAUUCUCUUCAGUCUCGUUGUUCAAUGUUACUUAUGAGAUGAGUUUUCAUUGGUUAACCUUUUUCUAUUGCUCACUACAUUUAUGAAUUUGUAUUGUUAUUUCUAUAUAUCACAUUUUGAUUUUUAAUAUUUAGUUUGAAUUAAACUAAUCCUUUUAGUGGUGAUAUUUCCAUUUUUAUUUGGUGAUAAGUGGGAUUUUAUUCUGUUUUUGAUCCGGGAUGAAAGAGCGACAUCUGUUGAUAUUUCCGUUGGUGUAAGAUCUGGAGGUCUGACACUUGUAUUUAUGUUUUAAGCGGCCGCACCACUUAUGAAUAUCUGUAUUGUUGUUUUGGGCAACCAGGUUACUUGUUUUAUGCAUAUCUCUUUACCCAGACAGUUGUUUUCAUUUUCAAGAACCAGGUUCCCCUCCGUUGCAUUGAAAGUGUGGAAUUACCUCUUUUUACUGGUAUGACACUCGGGUUACAAUUUGGUUGCUUGAGGAUAGCUUGAUGUGAGUAGUUGUAAUUUCAUUGGGAAUUUGGGCUGGAAUGAGAGCAGUGAUGAUCUGUUUAAGGAAAAGGGGCCAAUGUAUGGCUGAACCACAUACGAACUUGGUUCAUUAUUUUCAAUGAGGAUCCGAAAUUGUCAGAUAGGAAUUGAGUGGGUAAACCCCUUUUUCCAGUGUGAUAUUAUCAAUGGUUAUUUUCCAAUUUUAUGAUGUCCUCGUCUUUAGUUAGUACCAAAUCAGUAAUCUUCAUGUCUUAAUGAAAAAGUAUUGUGGUUAAUCCUUGUUUUGAAUUAUGCUCGAGGAGUUGUUGAUUUACUGAUUGGUGAUGCCUCAAUUAUGCAAACUAGCAAUGAUUGAUUGAGACUCUCCCGACCACUAGAUGAUAUACUUAUCAUGCUGGCCCACAAUCUGCACAUGAAAGCGGUUGCCUGAUAACCUAAUCCCUAUUUUAUGUACUUUCUAUGAUAGUGAUAAUAUUCCUUAUUUCUGAGCCACUCGUUUUGCAUAUUAAGGAAUGUGCUGGUGCAAGGAUAUACACCCAGAAGCAGGCCUUGGAUUUCCUGGAGGCAAAGGUAUCGCCAUCCUUUUUUCUCAAUUUUUUUUAUUUCCAAGAAUUUAUAAAGAAAAUUUGAAGAGAUUCGCAUCCUAGUUAAAUCGAAACUAGUUAAUUUUGGCACCUGAUAAUUCAAUGUGACAUUGCCGUUUUUUUUUAACUUCAUAUUGAUCUAGCAUCGUGUUACUUGAAACAGAGGCGCUAUCCAAAAUUUACCAUGUAUUUGUGGUCCCAUGCUUUUUGCCGGUCAAACAUGGUGCUUUGAUGGUUUAAAAUUUCAUUCAUCAUUGUGUUUGUGUUCGAUUUUUAAUUGUCUGUUAGAGAACGGUUCAAAUGAGAGAGAAAAUUUUCUGUAUCUGACAGAGAAGAACAGUCAUUUAUUUCUCAUCAUCAGACUCAGAAUUAUCUCUACCUGAGGCUCGAUAAGGGCCUAAAAAAUUAUGGUAAAUAUGGGGUGAAAAAAAUGGUAGUUGAACAAAGAGCAGAAGGUUGGGACUGGUAAUUCUUAUCUGUCUAUUCAUAUAACGUGUAGGUCACAAUGGUACAUGGUGAUCUAUGUCCACAGAGUCAUAAUCCAGCAACUUAGUGGUACAUGGUGAUCUAUGUCCACAGAGUCAUAAUCCAGCAACUUAGUGGGGGCAUGAAGACGUACAGAUCGAACAACAGUAGAGAACAUGCAAAUUUGAUUCGGUUGUCUUGGUGGAAGCCCAAACUUCAGAGUAUCAUUCAAGUCCUCACAUCUGUAACUAUUUGGGUGGGAUUUGGAAACUUUAAAGUUGAAAUAUUUUGGUUCUCCCAUUUUAUAUUGCUGCAUCACUAGUGGUAGAAACAUUGAAAAUCUAAUUACUCUGUGAUUUUUAUUAUUUAAUGGGGCCAAGGAUUCUUGACUUCCAAAGAUAGUGUGUUAAGCUGCAGGACAUUUGGCUGAUGACUUGACUAAUUGUCUAAUUCCUUGUCAGCGAAGUGUGCCCUGGUCCUAGAGUGGUGAUAGCUGUCUAUUGAUUCAAGAAGUUGAAAAUCGGCUUGUAAUAUAUACAAACCCAAAUUCCUAUAUCUUGGGAAUUCUCUAAAAUACUAAAACUCAGCUCUAUUUUAUUCAACAGGUCACAAGUUUUCAAAUCAUUUCUUCAAAGCCUCGUGUUAUCUCUAUGAAUGUUCAAAAUCACCACUUACAGAGAUGGACAUUGUUGUACAUCAAAUGCUACUACUAUUUAACUUACUGUUAGUAAUUGUUGCAAGUCAUACAAAAUUCGUGUUUAGUUAUUGGAUUUUGCAUCACCAUAGCAAUGACCAUUGGUGUUUAAGGACUGCAUUCCAAAUUAGUUUUAAUACUGGUUCUCGAUUUUUUUAUCCAGGUGGGCAAUCCCAACGCACAAAAUGCUGUGAAGAAGAAGGUUGCUCUCUUCACCUUCUCCAUUGUAUAUGUUUGCAUUUAUGAUGGAAAAAGUAUUGCCUUUCCUAUGAUCUCAUUGUUCUGUUCUUUUCUUUUUAAUAUAGGGAGACAGGGCAAAAAGUAUACUUUUUGAUGUAUUUCUUGCUCAUGUGCCGGUAAUUCUUUUCUUUAAACUUUUGAUCAUUCUUUUGAGAUAUUUUCUAUUGUUAACAAUGCUUCACUUCAAUGUAGAUCACCAAGGACAAUUUUCGCCCAAAGUGUAUAUAUACUGCUGUAAUGCUGAGGCGAAUGAUGGAUGCUAUCCUGAAUGCAGACACAUUCGAUGACAGGGUAGAUUUAGCUUCUCUAUUUUCUAUUUUGUCCUCUUGCUAUUAUAGUCAUAGUUACUCUCUUAUUCAUAUCUUCAUCGGGAUAAUGUAUAAUUUUCUUGCAUUUCAUUUAUUUAUUCUUUUUCGGUUUGCCAAUUGCCAUGUUGGAGUCUCACUGAUAACAAUGUUUGAAAGUUGCAUUGAUCGUGGGAAUUUCAAUUCUUAAUUUUUUAGCCCACCUUGUGGACAUGAGGUUUCCAGUGGAUGGUGAUGAUGAAUAAUAUUUUUUCGAUGUCAUCCACUUGAAUACUCGGUCAAGAGUGGUGUUUUACUUAGUAUCCCUGAUUUUCACAUGUUCAAGCUAAUUUCCUUUUGUGUGGAUCUCUUGUAUUUUCGUUUGGUAUGGGAUAAAUCGUUGCAUGUUUUUUUAUCUGUGAUUGCUGAUGAACGUGUUUUCAAUGAACAAGGGACAAUGGACAUGCACAUAAGACAUCUACGCGCUGUGUUAAAGUAGAACGUCAGUUACUGGAAACUUUGUUGGAACUUGAAAAAAAAGCUGCCCUUUGUGCAAUUCAUUGCUUACAAAAAGAAAUGUGGGCAUUCAUAUGGCAUGUUUAUUGCCCUAAUACCAUACAAAGAAGGGGCUAUCCAUGAUUCAAAAUUCAGAGCUGUAGAUUUGGUGGAUUUUGGUAUACAAUAAUCACCAGUGUGUUGACUAAUGGUUUCGCAUGAUUCAUUGAAAAGUUAGUUGACAAGAAUCAAUGUGUAUUGGUAUCUUCACACUUUACAAUUAGAAUGUAUGGCAUAAUAAGUAUAAAUUAUCAUAAUAGAACACUGUUCCUAGCUGCCUAAACAUGAUUGGCUUAAUGCCAGCUCAUGUGGUUCACCGGUUCCACCGACGUCCAACCAGAAACAAGCAUUUCCUCUGUGACGGGGAUUGCGUUACACAAUCGAUUUCUGCUGGAGGAAGGCGGAAUCUUUCAAAAACUUAUUCUGUUCGGUUUGACCAUGUAGAUGAUAUUGAUCUUUAAAAUACCAAGAUAUUUCAGGAAAAAAUUGAAGACUUGGGAACUAAUUUUGGGAUGGGGUAAACAGAGAUAAAUUUUCGCCUCCUGUUGGAUACAAUAUACAGAUCAUUUGUUAAGAUGGAUAUUUUCAGCUCACACUUGUUGCUAACUGCCUUUGGGAGAUAGAGAGUGAUUAUUUUUGGGUUGAAAUUGUUAGAUAAACAUAUUUCACAAUUAGGAAUUAAUAGCUUUGGAGUGUCUCCAAUUUCGGGAGGAAAUGUCUAGAUAACAAAACUCCUAGUAGUAUCUGCUGAUAUUCAGAUGUGUGAUAGAAAAUUGAAGUUUUGGGCGGAUACUUGCAUAGAUAUGUUCUUAAAUUUCUUCUACUUAAUGCACAUUGGGAUAAAAAUACAAACUUUCACGAAAUUUAGACAAAACAGGAUAAAAACUGAUGGGGAUCGACAUUUUUACAAGGAAUCCUUUUGAUGGUGAAAUUAUUGAACACGUUAUGCCCUUUUAAAUGUUUUGGGGCACUAAAGUAAAAAUAUCAAGAAGAUAUCAGAAAAUUGAGAUAGAAUUCAAAAUGAACUUCAAUAUUUCUUCUUUUGUAGAAGCUUAAAAUUUGGUGCAUGUACAGCUUGGCGGUUCAAGACAUUUCAACAGGCCUAAUUUCCGAAGCGAGUGAAUUUCUUUCAAGAGAGUGAGAGAGGUUGUCUGAGCUAAAUGCUUUAGAAAAUUGUUGACAGGGUUAGAGUUCAGCAUCCUGGCAAGUUGGGUUGCAUUGGAUUCCAACUUGGGUGGAGCUUUCUUCACCUAUUGGGUUGUGCUUAACUGGAUGGAAACUAACAUCUGGAAUUCCACUUCACUAGAAUGUAUCUAUUAGGUCUUGAUUGAGUUGUCACAUUCACGUACUCCAUUUACUGUUUUAUUGCCAGUACAUGUUUCUGUUAUGGUCAGUAAAUGAAGUUGUGAAGUUACGAAUGGAGACGUGGAUCUGUUGGUUUGAGACAUGGUACAUCAAGGACAUAUUAGGAAAGGUGGGAUGAUCGGAUGGCCCUUCUUCAUAGUGGUUUUGUUUGGGUUUCUCAUCUUUAACCUGUGCGGAAGCAAGUUCACUAAUGAUGUCACACAGCUUGUGAGGAUGGUGAUGCCACAGUUGGUGCCAUCGGGAAUUGGGUAGGACAUCAAAGCUGGACGUUCCAAUGGCUGCUUUUUAAUUUAAGCAUGAUAGUGCCAAUCAUCUGAGAUUCGGAGACAAUUUUUGGCUAUCUCUUCCAUGACUCAUUCCGAGGACAGAUCUCUUAAUUUCAAUGAGGGAAUGGUCCACCAAAAAAUGUAAAAUAAAAUCAUGUGAGUGGUUCUCAUCUCUGAUGAAGGGCCUGAAGGAGCAGAUCCAUUUUGAAAAGUUCCAACUGGUAGGAAAAGUGGACGAUGAAAAACAUUUGUGUGAAGGAAAGGCAUUAGUCAUCGACUUACGCCAAAGAUCAGGGCAGUAGUCACUAUGAAGGUUUAGGGUGUAAACUCUACAAUCUCAAAGUUUACUUGUGUUGUGUUUCGCACUUUUUUCAGAUAUAUUUGGGAGGAAGGCGUUUUCUUUUCUCUUUUCUUCUUUUCUGGGCUUCCAGAACAUUAACCUUGUUACCUUUCCCUUUCCUUUUUAAAAUGAAUUGUAUAGAUAUAAAAUUGUUUUGUUAUGCUAUGUGACAGAAUUACUUCUAGAAGAGAGAAUGAAACUGAAACAAAAGUGAGAGCAUAGUAUGUGCUGAUCGCGACAUUUAUUUAGACGAUCUGUUAAAAAAAAUGUGUCUCAGAAUUUUAAGGAGCUAUAAUGCAAAUCGGUUGAUAUAAAUCUUCGCAUUACUUAAAUUCUCCUCUUCCAGCACAUUUAAUGAAGAAAGAGGAUUUUGGAACAUUCAGCUACAGAAGAUCAUGAACAUCUUUGUCACUGGAAGAAAUGUUGGACAUGACACAUUGCUUUGUUGCAAAUUUAAUAAAUCAACCGUUAGAAAGACGUUUCUUUCUUUAAUUGUGAUAUUUUGAUGCUGAUUUCAUGUUUUACAUCGUAGGGCAUAUAUUUUACUUGACAUGGUAAAAAUUAUGUCAUGAUAUAUGCUGAUUUCACUUGAGAUGAUUUUAUUGUCAGGAUUAUGUGGGUAACAAACGUCUGGAGUUGUCAGGGCAGUUAGUAUCAUUGCUUUUCGAGGUAAUAGUUCAUACAUGCAUUUCUGUCUACUAUCUGAGUUAUCUCAAAGUACGAAUAAUUCGAAUUUUUCUUUCAGGACUUAUUUAAGUCAACAAAUUAUGCUGCUGUGGAGUCUAUGAACAAAGUCUAUAACAAGACAUCUCGUUCAAGUCCAUUGGAUUUUUUGCGUGUAAGUAGUGCUCUAAUAAGUUUUCCUUGAUAUUUUCACGUUCACCUCAAUGUCUUAGGUUUUUACUGUUAAAUAUAGUGAAUUGAGAGAAAUAAAAGACAUGAAUAGAGUCAAGGGUCUGAUACAAUCCUAUAUACACCAGUGCAACUAUCUGGUGAACAUAUGAAUUUUUUGAUUGCUAUUGGUGUUAAUCUGGUGCUAGCUUUCUAUGAUUAAUACAGAUGAUCUCUGAACAAUGAGCCAAAAAUAAGACAACGGGGAUCAUGUCCCACAAAAUGCGCUGAUAAGAGAUUGAGUUCCAAACUCUUGUGUAGAAUAACUGUAUUUUGUCAUUGAAUUGAGGCUACUGCAUUUACUUUGCUUGGUGAUUUCCUUAACAACAUUUCCAAAAUGGAAUCAGUGUGGUUCUGCCUUCAGCCUCUUGAGGGAUGUUGUAUAGUUGCUAUUCCAGUUCUCUCAUCCAAGUAUGGGAACCACAUAUUUGUUAAUUUAAUGUCGUUUCUUGAUUUAAUGUACUUCAGCCCUCUGCUCUGCUAUUUCGGUAUAGUUUUUGAUGUUAUACUUGCUUUCUAAUUAACUUUUCCAAUGCGGGAAAAACGUAUGUUCGUUCCCUUCGUUUAUAAUUUUCAACAUGGUAAGCAUAUGGAAUCUGUCGUAGGACUUAGCGUUUAGAACCAGAUAAUUGGGUAUCUGGAUCCGCGGACUGAUCUGAAAUUCAUUCAUGAAGGUAAUUUUUCAUGAGGAUGUUAGAUAGUGUAGCCAACUGAUUUAUGCUAUAGUCCGGCAUUUACAUUAAGUUCCAAGUAGUAGCUUUAUUUUAGCAGAUCUUGUGGGCGAUGCUAGCCUGAUGAAACAGUAAAUCUCUACUGGCUCCAUGCGAGAGAGUUUCUAAUCUGCACAUAGUCCGUCUUCAAGGGGCUGGACUGUGCAAAGAUUUCUCUCUUUCAUCCUUCUCCUUUUUCGAAAUUCUUAAUAGGUAAUGUUAUUCUAUGAUAUGAAUACACUACUUUGAGAGCUGUGUUGUCAAGGCAACAAAAUGGUUAAUUAUUGAUAUUUUCAUACACAUUAUCUGCAUGUAAUUUUCUUCCCUGUCUUUAGCAUUUCUCUCUAAUAAAUUUCUGCCAUGUUUUUCGUCAAUAAUUUUUAACCAGCCUUGUUUCUUUACCUUGUAAAGCUAAAGUUUUAUUUUUGUGGGCUUUCGUAGUUUAUUAGAAACGAUUUGAUAACAAACGGGUUAGAGAAAGCCAUUUCUACUGGUAACUGGGAUUUGAAGCGUUUCAAGAUGCACAGGAAAGGAGUUUCACAGGUUGUAGUUUGUCUCUUUUCUAUUUCUCUUUAAUGUUAUUUAGUUGAAAAUAGAAAAUUCCUAUAAAAGUGUUGUCCCAUCCAGGUUCUUUCCCGACUUUCAUAUAUUGCUUCUUUGGGCCACAUGACAAGGAUCUCGCCACAGUUUGAAAAAACUAGAAAGGUCAGUGGACCAAGGGCAUUGCAACCAAGCCAGGUGAUUUCACUUAACCAUUAGCGUUGUUAUUGCCUUUGUUUUCUCUAAAUUUGAAACAUUUGAACUUUUUCGGGUGUGAUACUUGGUUUCUUUUUUCCCCCCUUUCUUUAAACAGUGGGGAAUGCUUUGCCCGUGUGACACUCCUGAAGGUGAAGCUUGUGGAUUAACCAAGAAUCUUGCAUUGAUGACCCAUGUCACAACUGAUGAAGAAGAGGGCCCAUUAAUUUCUCUGGUUUGUUUCUUGCUCCUAAACAUGCGUUUCUGCCUAUCUAUCAGAAUUCAACGUUGUCCAUCCCAGAGAGCGCAUUCUCUUUGUGUCAUGGUAGCAUGUAAUGAUUCGAUGUGUCUUUCAUCAUGGCAAUUUUUUUUCAUGUGAAUCAAAAAACAUGUUUCUUUUACUUUUGUCACACAUUUUUCCCUAGGAGUUUGGAUAUUGUGUGUCGAAUGCCUUAUGCGAUUUGAUUUAAACUGAUGUUUUCUUCCCUUAUUGGGUUUUCUUUGCUUCGACUAUUUGGUAUGAAGUUGGAGUAAAUUUAUUGUCUUGGUUAUGCUGUACUUUAAGUCGUUAUUUUUUUAAUUUUCUCCAAGAGUUGUUAAUCUGCACUUAUUAGUUCCAUCAAGGUAAAUUGGUUUUGGGCUUCUUGGUAUCAGUAAUUUAUGUAAUACUAAAUUUGUCUCAAUUAUUGGCGUUGAAGUAGGUGUAUAAAUAGAUGACCUAGAUAAUAGUCAAAAGGUACACCUUUAGAGAAGGAAAGGGCAAGGAUCAUGCAAGAAAAAGAUACAAUGAUGGAAUCCGAAGAUCAUUUUGAAAAAUACAAAUUCCCAUGCAUGAAGCUGAGAAAUAUAAAUCUGACGUGAUGGAAUCUGAGUGGGUUCCUCUACAGUCACAUUCUUCUUUUUUUUCGUCCGUUCAUGGUUCAUCUUUCUAUCUUAAUAUCUUGUAACUUUCCUUCAUAUCAGACAAAUUGAGUUCACUGGUGGUUCCUCACGGCUGUAAAGUUUUACGGUCAUCAGAGAUACAACCUCCCUUUCAAUACAUUUAAAUUUCCAUUCUUUUUUUUUUCUCAUGUCUUGUCUCAUUGAUCUUCGGAAUCUUAUCACCUUAUGUACAACAACAAUAAUGAAGAAUAAUUAUUUUCACAUUUCUGUUUAUGUCACCCUUUUGAUCCAGGAAGUUAAAGAAGAAAUUUACUCGGAAAUUAUAUUUUGCUUUUCUCAUGUUAAAACUUUUUAGGGUUCUAUAACCGAAUGAUCCAAUUGGAUUCCUCCAAAAAGUUCCUGUGUAAGCAAACUAUAACAUGCUGUGACAACUGGUUUGAUGCCUUUCAUUAUGGAGGAAAUUGGGUAAAGGAGAGCAUACAUGAGAUCGACUUGAAACGUGGACUUAUGAGGCAUAUAGAAAUGUGGUUGACAUCCUAAUAUGGCCUUGUUCAUGGCAUUUUCUCGUUCAAUCAAUCAUAUCUUAUUUUUAGUGUGCACUCUUUUUGGGGACAUAGAACGCAUGGCAUUCCUGGUUGGGACUCUCUGAUGUUUGUGCUUAUGCAUAAACGCAUGCAUGUUUCGAAUUAUAGCCAAAGAGUAACAAGGGUUGGGCGCAGAAAAAAAUCACAAAUUUAUAGGCUAAUUUCUUAUGCAACCUCUGGGGUAUUCAAGGAGAGAAGUAUGAGUUUUUUUAAAAGAGAAAGUUCCUCACCCUAUGGACGGUUUAUUUGGGUGUGUGACAGGAUGACAGUGUGUUGGGAUUUUUUACUUUUGGUUACAAUAACGAUGGUGAUGAAUAUGUUAUUUCAUUUUAUUGGUUUUCUAUUAUUUCCGUGUGGGUUUUUUUUUCCUUUCGAACUCAUCCUCCUCUCUUUUUAUCAUUUAAUGAUAUCUGGGUAAAAAAAAAAAAAAAAUUUAUUGCAGAUUAUCUUCUCUUUAUAAUUAUGCUUGUUUGACACUGUUGGUGUGAUGCCUUGUUGAUAUCUCGUGUAGUGCUAUAGUCUUGGAGUGGAGGACUUAGCCUUGUUAUCAGGAGAAGAGCUGCAUGCAUCAAACUCAUUUUUGGUUAUUUUUAAUGGCCUGAUUCUUGGAAAGCACAGGCUGCCACAGGUGUGCAUUUUUUUUCUCGGAAAGAGUUUACUGGGCUGACCUACUUGUGCAUUAGUUUCUUUGCUUCAUUAGCUUCUACUUUUCAGCAUUUUGCUAAUGCCAUGCGAAAGCUAAGGAGGUCUGGGAAAAUUGGAGAAUUCGUCAGUAUCUUUGUGAAUGAAAAGCAGGUGAGAUCAAUUCAUAGCUUUAUAAAUUGAUUUUCUCUGCUAAAUUUUUGGUAGUACAGUCCGAGAAUGUCUUUACUCAUUCAUCAUUUCAUCCAUGCUCUUUUAUCGCGUGUUAUUUUGGUAAAUCAUGUCCCCUUCGUAUGGAGGUGCACGACGAUGCUAUAAUCAGCCCUCUCAAUAGAGGACAUCUCAUCCCAUAUUCAAAGGAUAUAUGAACGUAUGGAUUACCUGGAGUGUUUUCAUUGAAAAUCUCAGAAAGUCAUCUAUAGUUGACUGCCAGUCCCCAAAUAUCUACUAGUGAGGAAUCAUUGGAUUUUGGGUUACAUCAGUGUGAAACAUUCUCUCCAACACUAGAUAGUGUGUGAUGUUCGGCUGUUUUUUAUUUUUAAGGAUCCCAAACUUCUAUGCUUCUGGCAAUGAGGUGACGUCUAUUUUAUGUAUUUAUAGACGUUCAACUAGACCAGACUUGUAAUUGGGCCUCUAGACUCCUUCUCUCUGCCAUAUCAUUAGGAAUAUUUAGGUUUCUUAGUGGCCCAUUAAACCGCUUUUCCUAGCCUCUCUUAUGGGAUUGGUGGGGCUCUCAGCCUACUAACAAAAACACCCUGUCCAUAGUUUUUGGAAUCUGCAAAUUUGGAUGUAUGAUUGCACCUUAUAUUUUCGUAAACUAAUUACUUAAAGGUAUCAAGCAUCUUAAGAGACAGAUGCCAAAACUUAUCUAAUGCCUGUGCCGAUGUUCAACUAGAGCUACACCGAAAAAGUCAAUGUGCAACACCGUGAUCAUAUGGGUGAGCAUGACGUCUGCUAACCUCCAUGGAAGGAGAGAAGAGAGGGAAGUAGAAGGCUGAGGGAUGAUGGAUCAAUCAGGAAUUAGAGUAAAGAAGGGCAAGGAGAAAUGAUAGAGAACUGAAGAACAAGUAGGACAGCCUAUGAAUGGCUCCCCUAUCCUCAUAUCUAUUUUCUACAUUGCCUCUUUUACUGCAGCGUUCACAAAUAAAUUGGAUGAUCAAUAGCUUGUUCUGGUUAUGUUAUACAUUUUCACGAGACAAUAAGCCCAGAACUGAGCUGGUUAGUUUAAAUGCUUUCAGAAAUAUUUUGCUAAUAGUGUUGUACGACAUCAUUGGCUGAAUGUCAUUUGUAUCAUUUCAUUCUGGAGUAUUACCUUUGUUGUAUUACAUACAGCAAGAUACACUCGCAUCAUUUAUGAUAAAAACUUUUUGUAAAAUGACAUUACAUUUUCAGCAGCAUUAGAACUUUAUGAGCUAGCGCUUCACUUCCCUCCUUAUUGGGUCAACUAGUGCUAAUAUUUUGGAGUAUUUGGCAGCGUUGUGUUUAUGUUGCUUCUGAUGGUGGUCGAGUGUGCCGACCACUUGUGAUUGCUGAUAAAGGGGUCUCAAGGGUGAAGGAACAUCACAUGAAAGAGUUGCAGGUUUGUAUGAUAUAAAAUAUUUACAGUCGUUUUGGAAAAUGAAGUCUGCUUUUCUUUAAUGACGUUCCUAAUCUCAGGAUGGAGUGCGAACUUUUGAUGAUUUCUUGCACGAGGGACUAAUUGAAUAUUUGGAUGUCAAUGAGGAAAACAAUGCGUUGGUUAGUUGAUGGACAUAAAUGCUUUUCCUACCCUCUUGUAUAAGCACCUUGAUGUUUUCUUCUCGUUUUCCACAAAUUAGGUUUAUUUUGCGUUUUUUGGUAAUAGAUCGCAUUGUAUGAGGGAGAUGCUGAACCUGAAACAACACACAUUGAGAUAGAGCCUUUUACAAUUUUAGGCGUAUGUGCUGGAUUAAUUCCUUAUCCGCAUCAUAAUCAGUCACCGCGAAAUACAUAUCAGGUUUUGCCAUCUUUUACCGAAUAAAACUUGUCAUUAUUAUUAACAUUAUUUUUACUAUUUUUAAUCUUUACUAUUUUCUGUAGUGUGCUAUGGGGAAACAGGCAAUGGGCAAUAUUGCCUAUAAUCAGGCAAGUGCUCUUCUGGGUUUAUUCAGUUCUCUAUCGUAUGCGAAACAACUAGUUGAAGUGAUAAAAUCUGAUUGUUUCAUUUCUGGAGUUUUUGGCAAUUUCCUGAUAUAUAGUUUUCGAAAUGUAUUAUGUGGCUGGUUUCAUUAGAGCAUGGUUCUUAUUGCAUUGUAUAGAUACCCAGGUUUCUGUUCCAGACUGUAGAUUGGGAAACAGAGCAGAGAUUGGUUAACCUUCCCAUGCCCAUGAUGUCGAGAUGCCGUGAAUGUCGGGUAGAACUGCUGGAUGGAAACGCAGGCCCUAAACCCAAGACUAGAGGUCCUCUAAAACCAUCUUAGAGAGAGAAAGUAAAUAGCAUAAUAAAUUUAGACGGACCUCUCCGUCUCUUAUACGAAAGAGAGGAGACAACUAUGCAAGGAUACAGCAAAAGCUUAUUCAAACGGGAUGUUUUCACAAUUCUAUAAAGUAAGAAAUUUUUAAUAAACGAUAUUCAGUGAGUCUUCAAUGGGGAUUGAAUAUUCAUCGAUAUUCAUUGAAGAAAUACCCUUUGCAAAGUAUAUAAUGACGAUUUUUUAUGAAUGAAUUCAUUUACUAAUGCCCUGACACCUGAUCCCUCAAUCUCAUUCCCAUUUCUUUUGGGAGGGAGCACAUGGAGAGCAUGUCAGUAAUACGUUACCUGCAGCUGCAGUAGCGAACAGCCUGAUUUUCAUGUGAGUCUAUUGUUCUUCGUUUUACAAGAGGCUGGCCUUUCAUAAACAGUCAGCCCAACUAAUUGUGCUACGAGACCAGAUCAUAUCACAUUCCUUGUCUCUUGCCGCUAUAAUAUAUCUGGACCAUUUAACGGCUCAUUAGAAGAAAAAAAGGUUCAGGGUGGGAUUAGAGACUCUGCUUCUGGACCAUUUGUUGUUUAUGAGCCCUUUUUUCUUACUAUUUUGCCUCAUCUAUGGCCAUCUGCUGCAGGAAAGGGAAAUUUAAUAAAUCUGUUUUCAUCAAUAUUGGUCACUAAAUUUCGUUUGUGUUUCACUUCUUAUCGUGGGUGCUAUUCUUUCAGCCAUUUAAGAAAGAAAUAAUUUGGUUUUUGGGAAAUAACUACUCAACAAAGAAACGAUCACUCAAUUUUGAGAUAGAACAAGGCAUGGGUGAAGAGUUUUUUAUGGUUUGGAGGGAGAACACUAUUUGAGUUUGGGAAGAUUUGCGCUAGUUGUUCUCUCAGUGUAUAUUAGUAAUUUGUUUACAAAAGGAUUUUUCAGUCCAUAUGAAUCCAGUAUUUCCUCUUUUUUCUCGUUGAGUUAUAUUUUACUGACAGCUCAUUUUGAAAAAGAUGGAUUGCAGCACAUUAUUGAGUGAUGUAUCCAUAGUUAUGACCGGUUGCUUAGUAUUUUUUAGUUCGGGAUGCCAUGUUUCACAAACAGCUGGUAGACUUUCGUGCACUGGCUUCACUUUAAGCCGGAUUGGUUUUAGCAUCUAAAUUGGGCCUUACUUGUCACAGACAUUUUAGUCUCUUUUUUCUUACUUGCGAUUUGUUUUAUCUCGUUUUUGUUAUGGGCAAUGAUCUCUAGCUUCAGAGUGCUUUUAACUUUUAUUGCAGAUAGAACUCAUUGUCAUUGUUUUUGGCAGUGGAAACGAAUGGAUACAUUGCUUUACCUGCUUGUAUAUCCUCAGCGUCCUCUUCUGACUACCAAGUCAAUUGAGCUGGUUUGUAAUCGUAAUUUUGUUCUAUGGACUUUGACUCACUGUCAACUGGCUUGAGAUUUUUCUGGUGCAAUUCAGGUUGGCUUUGAUAAGCUUGGUGCUGGACAGAAUGCAACUGUCGCUGUGAUGAGCUACAGUGGCUAUGAUAUUGAAGAUGCAAUCGUAAUGAAUAAAUCAUCUCUGGAUCGUGGAUUUGGCCGUUGUAUAGUACUGAAGAAGUAAUUUAUCUAACUUUGACUGUUCUUAUUGUCAUGUCUUUCUGUUGUUUUAUAGAAUGUUACCAGAUUUUUUAUUUUUGUGAAAUAGGUAUUCUGUUGUUAUGGAACCAUACGACACAAUAGUCAAACCUCAAAUGGUUUCUUCUAAAAGUGGAUAUGUCGUGGACUCAAAAAUGCAGGUAUCAAGGGUUUUGUGGCUUGUAUUGACCUAGCAUUUUCUUUCUAGUUCGUGUAUUGUAAAAUAAACACAUUCCUUAGCUUGUUAAAUCCAAAUCGUAUAUUGCCAAUAUUAUUGUGCAAAUUCAACAGGUUUCUCUACAGUACAGUCUAGUAACAAGGGUAAUUUAGCUGUCUGUACACUUGUGACUCGUGUCUGUACCUUAAUUUUUCCUGGUUUUAUAUUUUUCUCAUCUCCUCUUGCCUAGCUUACCUUAUUAUUAUUCUCAUCCUUUUGUAACUUGAUCGUACAUUACUUUUCUGAAACUAGAUUUUCUUUUGGUGUCAAUUGUCUUUAGCUGGCUACUUUUACGUGAGGAUUCUGGAAAAUAUGGUUUAUGUGGCAAGAUGGCAUAGACUUGUCUAUUUUGUUUUUCAGUUCCGAUCUGCUCAGUCCACUUUGUGAAAUCGUUGCUAGUUUUGUGUUCCUAUUUUCCACUUGUUUCUCAGCUAGAAACUUCUACAUUAGGAAUCUUGGCAUGUUUUGGUUUUACUUCUACAUUAGGCUUGACUAUUUUGUUUUUACUUGCCGAUAACCAGUGGGACUGAAGUGCUCUGUAUCUCGGGUAAUACUUAGAUAAAAGAAUAGAUCCAUAAUUGGUUUUCCUCCGUGAUGUAAAUCUAGACGUUGGUCAACUAACUUAUUCAUUCACAUUUUUUCAACAUGAAUUUUGUUGUUGUUAUCUUGCAAAGGAAUCCACUUAGCAUAAGUCGUUUUCUAUUUCUUGCAGCAUUGAAAUUUGGGGUGUAGUCUUGAAAGCCAUAUUUUUCUAUUGUUACCCUAACAAUUUCUCUAAUUAUUUUAACUGAUUGUAGAAUUUUUUUUUGUUCAGAUAUUGGAUGCGGAUGGAAUUGCAGCCCCUGGUGAAAUAAUUCGGAAUCAUGACCUUUUUGUCAAUAAACAUAGCCCUAAAAUUAUUAGGGACCAAACUAAGCCUGGAGAUUUACGGGCAACGUAUGUUUCCAACAUUUUUUAUUUGUUUUAAAUAUGCCCAGUAACCUAAUCUUGUAAUAAGUCGCUCUUUUAUAAUUUAUAGUGAUUAUAAGCCGACACCUGUGACAUACAAAGGUCCAGAGGGUGAAACAACUGUUGUUGAUCGUGUGGUACUUACAACAGAUGUGAAUAACAAACUAUGCAUUAAGUUUCUUGUUCGCCAUACUCGUAGACCUGAGGUAAGUAUUGUGUUUUUCUAACCCGUCAUAUCUUAGCAUUUGAGUUGUAUUUGUGUUUCAUAUUUCCUCAUGUAUGUAGGUAGGAGACAAGUUUAGCAGCAGACAUGGGCAAAAGGGGGUCUGUGGUACUAUAGUUCAGCAGGAGGAUUUCCCCUUUUCUGAACGUGGAAUAUGCCCUGACUUAAUAAUGAAUCCUCAUGGAUAUCCAAGGUAAAUUACAAAGAUGUGCCCUCGUUGAGUAUGAUAGCAUUGUAGAUAUAAGGUUAAGUUGAUAGUAGUUAUUCAUAUUACAUUAAACUGUCUUCCAUACAUUGUGGGUAGCAAAUAUAUGGGAAUUGUUUUAAUUAAGAAGCGACUUUCAAGUUGUCAUCCGUCUACUUGGAAGUUCCUGUCACUUGCUUUCUUCCAUCUGCCAAGGACUGCAGUCUCCAUAGUUUUGUAACCCAUGAGCACACUGUUCCAAAUUCUUCUGAAAUUUUCAUCUCUUUUGGGGGGGUAGAAGGAAAGCCUUUGCCAUAAAGCAGAAGCAAAAAACACGUUGUAGCAGAUACACAAAUGUGGCAAACAACACACACCGUGAUGUUGUUACCUUAAUGGCCAAAUAAUAUUAGACAUGUAGCUCAAGCAAAGAUGUUUUCUGAAUGCACGCUUGAUCGUCUGUUUAUGUAGUCUUUUGUCGCAUAACUUUGCUUGUUGUUUUCAUGGGAUAGUUGUUUCAUUUUUUUUUUCAUUUUGUCAAACUUAAAUAUUGAAAGUUUUUUUUGUUAUUUUUGCACCAUAUACGUUUUUUUGUGUAUUUACGGCAAUUUUAACGAGACUUUUAAGCUGUGGUGAGAUGCAGUUGUUUACCCAUUAUUUGUUGAGUUGACCAUAAACUGAAGCUCUCUUUUUAUUUUUUAAUUAAUAGUCGAAUGACAAUUGGAAAGAUGAUUGAGCUUCUUGGUGGCAAAGCGGGGGUAUCAAAUGGAAAAUUCCAUUACGGUAGUGCGUUUGGGGAGCCAAGUGGCCAUGCCGAUCGAGUUGAAGCCAUAAGGUAAUUACGUGUUUACAAUUUUUCAUUGACUGCAUCUUGCGCUUACCCUUUCUUGGUAUCUGUCAGUGAAACUCUUGUGAAGCAUGGAUUUAGUUACAGCGGGAAGGAUUUCAUUUAUUCAGGUAUUCUAGAGGAUUUAAAUAUAAUAAUUUGCAUGCUCUUAAGAUUCCUUUGUACAUCAUUUCUGUCCUACCUUAAUACGGUUCCAACAAUCCCAAACCCAACUGAAAUCUGAAUUUACAUGUAGCCGCUUUUAUCUUUCUGUUUCUGGGGUCUUACCAGUGGUAGAUUUAGUAUCUUCUGCUUGAGUUAUUACAUCAUAUGAUAUGGAAGAAAACUCCAUGAAGUGAAGAUACAUAAGAAUUGACUUAGAAGAAUAUAUUCAUCAAAUGGAUAUUUUAUGUGAAAAUAUCAUACAUCAUCAAGAGUGCAUUUCAACAUUCAUUUUAAUUGAGAAUUAUAAUGAAGAGCUGAUUUUUUAUGUUUUACGGGGGGUUGUUAGGGGAGAGAGGUUAGGGUUCAGAUGCUGUUCUACAUGGCUGCGAACAAAAUGACUUCCUUGUCCCCUUUUAGUGAUGACCACACCGAAAACAAUCUGACUCAACCUGCAUUGAUUCGAACCACAACAUGAAUGGGUAGUGAUUGAGUUGGCUCUGCAAAUCAACCAAAUCACCAGCUGGAAACUUUCUGGUCAGAUUUUGCUUAACCGUCCGAGUUUAGAGAUUUUCGUUUCAUCAAGCCUCUGUGAAACGAUGUUUUAUUUUGCAUCAAUCUUCACGUUUGUUGGAUUUUUCAUUUCUGAUGAUGCAAGCGUUAUGCCAUGCCCAUUAUCAACUUCUCCAACUUUUCUGUUAUUUGAUUUGCAGGCAUUACUGGAUAUCCUCUCCAAGCAUAUAUUUUUAUGGGACCAAUCUACUAUCAAAAGUUGAAACACAUGGUAAUGUCUUUGUUGGUACUGAUGAAGAAAUUUACACGAGAAAAACAAAUCUUCCCUGUAUCAAUAUGAGAUAACCUUAAUGGAUUUUGAUUGUAUACUCUGUUUUCGAUAAUGUGAAAAGUUGAACAUGCUGAAAACUUGGACAACCGUGCAGAAUUGUUUUAUUAUUUUCCACAAAACUGGUUUAUUGAGCGGUUUUGAUUAGGCCAUUUUCAUGGUGAUAGAUUGCGAUUUUUUUUGCGGUGGCAUCAAUGUUAUGCGAUCAUAAUGUUAAAUUUUCGCGUAUUAUUUUACGGGAAGAUUUUUUGUCCACAAGAAUAAUCAUAUCCUCAUCAUGAAUUGUUGACUUGUUAUUUCAUUUGUGUACAUGUUUUUCGUAGUAGUUUAGGGAACAUUACAAAAUUAUAAAUUACAGAAGUAAAAUAAAAAUGUCCCCACUAGAAUAAUGUGCAUGAUGGGCUUCUAUUUGUAGGUAACAGAUUUAUAAUCAUAUUACAGGAUGAUCGUCUGCUUGAAAAGGCUUGGGGUUUGUAAAGUAUCAGUCUUUAACCAAAAUUUAUUUACAAAGACAGAAAUGUAUAUAAUGCAUUUGGACACAAAGGUCUAGUAGUUGUGUCAUGUGAUUCAAUCAUCCCUAGGUGUAUCAAUCUUGUUUUCACUGAUUCUAUUGUUACUGAAGUUCUUCACAUUUGAAACCAGAUUUCCUGUGGCAGAUAGUAUUUUAAAUCGUUUUCUGUAAUGCCCAUUUUCCUUCUCAUUCUAUGCCUCAAGGCACAACGGAGUGAUCUGUAUGAUGAAAAAUGGUGUAAUCAAAAUGAUUUCAGUACUUAUGUUUUGAUGGCACCAUCAAUUGUGUCAUAAGUUUAGCGAUUCAGAGUCAAGUAUUAUUUUCAAGUAGCUGUGGCCAGUUAAAUUAAUCUGGUGAUAUAUAUAUAUAUAUAUAUAUAUAUGUAUAUAUAUAUAUAUAGUAGGCUUGCUGUGGAAGUAAUGAGAAUUGCUGUGUAAGAAUUCAAUCGUAGACAGUUUUUAUCUGAGCAUUCUCAUUGUUUAUUGUCCUUACAUUUAUAGCCAUGACUCCACCCUUCUCAUAAACAUGUAAUUAGAAAUGUACCAGUUAACAUUCUGUUUAUGCUUUCUUGCCAGAAUAAUAACAUAAUAACCAGCCUACUCAUUGCUUAAAGGAGAAAACUCAUCUCUAACAUCAUUUUAACAUCUACUUGAUGGCAUUAUUUCCUCCAUCUCAUAAGGUGCUGGAUAAGAUGCAUGCUCGAGCUAGAGGGCCACGUGUAACAUUAACAAGACAACCAACUGAAGGAAGAAGUCGUGAUGGGGGUAAAAAUGAAUUUAGUUUUCCUUCCUGAGAGUUCUUUUUAACAUAUUAAGGAGUGUCAACUUUUUCCAUAUUAAGGAUUCCUGUUUAUUUUCCUGUUAUUAGGGCUACGUCUUGGAGAAAUGGAACGAGACUGUUUGAUUGCUUAUGGGGCAAGUAUGCUGAUUUAUGAGCGGUUGAUGUUGUCUAGUGAUCCAUAUCAAGUUCAGGUAUGACAUUCUUUCUAUCUGAUCACUCAUAAUCAUUAUUAUUGACGAUAUAUUACCAAACUAUAGAGACAAAUCAAUCAUCUCAGAUAUUCUUCUUUAUUUUUGUGAGCAGAAUGUCUUUAAAGACAUAGUAGUCUGCUUAUUCUCCAGUAGAUGCUCAGUUCAAAAGAAUGUAUUUAUAGGAGGUCAGGUAGUUUCACUCUCAGUGGUAUUCUCUAUGCUGCCCCUUGUUAUCCAUAAUGGCGACUUAACAAUGAUGAAGAUUAUAUGGGUAAAAUUUCGGAUGAAUUUCAUUGGGGAAACAGGUUGUUAGGUACGUGUUUUACUUCGAUUCCUAUUUCGAGAGAGUAAAAAGCUAACAUCUUUGUAAAAGUUGCUUGAUUGGGCAGACUCUCAAACAACGUUCUCUGUGUUUCAUUGAGGACUUCGUGUAGCAGAUGUUUUAAUCCUGUAUGGAAUGGAACUCUUGUAGUGAAACACAUUAAUCACCGAGGCCACAGGUACAAUGUGUGGGAUUAGUUGUAACAUCUUAAUGUGGCUGCACUAAGUCAAGAAUGGGGGGUGAAUUAUCUUUUCUUCACGUUCUUGGUUUUUAGUAUUGUAGGGAUUCUGCUAAAAGCUUGGACACCACGAUUUUAUAGUGAUUCGGUCCUCCCAACGUGCUUCACAAUCUAGGGAACACGCCUUUGGGUUCCACUUAUCCCCUAGUGCUGUACACACUGAUUUACAGGCUCAGCCACCUUCUGGAUUUCACAGCUCCAGCUGACACGAGAUUUCCCGCAAAAUCUCAUUCUAGAAUCAUAGUUCUAGAUGGUCAAAUUCAGAGAAGCUCCUCACUUCUCUCCUAGAUAACAGGCCCUGGACGGCCACACAGUAAGCUCAGAAAGAAUUUAGAACGAAUGCAAUGAUAUUACCAAGCUUCCUCACACUUAGUGAAGUCUUCUUCUUCGAGCUUAAUGGUGUGGGAGCUUGAUUGUCGAGGCCUGCUGGUUGCUCAGGGCCUUGGAGUUGAAUUCUUCUCUAGAUGUAAUAGAGCUGGAUUGAUUUUUCUUCUCGUUGUAGCGGUUCUCCUUCCUUCACUUGAGCUUGUGAGUUUUUUCUUCCUCUAAGCGGUUGCUAUGUUCUCACCCUUCUCGCUUUUUUCUUGCUUCCCAGCAGCUUUUAUACAUGCUGCCAGGCUUAUUGGGCCAGAAGUGGUUCUUUCACAACAGACAAAUAGAAAUGGCAUGGCAUAACGGAUAGAUCCGUCUGCCCAUUUUCCCGCCUCUUUAAACUGGAUCUUCUUAUCAUAUCCGUGCUGUCUAACGGACAUAUUCAUCUGUCUGUUUACUCAUGUGAUUCCAUUUACCCUGAUGUUGCUGGAUUCGUGGCAUAACUGCUUCUUUGUUGAUGCAAUGGAUACUCCGCUUGCAGUCAAGCUCACGUUCCAAUCCAUUCGGCUUUAUCCACAAAGCAUUUAAUUUACUCUGGUUUCCUUUGAUCACUAGAUCCGGACCCGUAUUAAGAUGGUUCCAACACAAAGGUAGACCCUAAUUAUUAACAGUUCAAGGCCUGAUAACCUGACUAAGUACGGUCAUAUAUACAGCCGUCCAAUGCUUCGAUCUAACUCCCUUUUACUCACGCCCAACGUUUGAUCUGAUAAUUCUGUUUAUUUCCAUUUGAAUCAGACCUGCUAAUGUCUCUAUCUCCAUUAAUGUUCUCAAGUCAAAUGUGCAAAUUUAUCCACAGCACAGACGUCUUAAUCUCCACAUUGUUUUAGUCAUCAUCAAAAUCCAUGAGGCUCCAGAACCCAACAUUAUUUGUAUGGUGAAAUCCCACUAUAUCUGUUUUCUCUCACCGGAAAAUCUAUCUUUUGGCAAAUGCAUUGUAAAAGUAUGGCUUGGAAUUCUUCAGGAGAAAGGUUUCUUAGUGUUUCUGUUGAUACAACUAUAAGCUAUAAGAGUACAAGAGGAAUAACGCUACUUUCCUUGCUUUUAGUUCGGUAUGAUUGCGGGAAAAAUACCUUUCAUGAUGUCUAUAUUAAAGUUAUUGGACUGAAAUGAAUACAGAAUUUGUAUUUGAGUAAAACCUGAUGGCCCUGGCACCUCUGAUUCAUUCUACACCAAUUCGCCCCAAGUCAGUUGGGCUGCAUAACCAUCACUUUCUGAGCUAAGUACAAUGGCCAGUGGAGGCAAAGGAUCCAAGUGUAGUGUCGUGUUGAUUGCCAGAAAGAAGGGUGGAGAAGUUGCUUUUCUGUAGCACAGAACGUUUUAAUUCCGUUGGUGUCAUGAUGGGAACUUCGUCCAGCUUCAGCUUAGUCAACGUCUUCGUGAAGAUCAAAGUUUCCAAGUCAGAUUCUUCAUGAAUUGGCUUGGUUUAGUCCUGAAUAGGCUCGUCUUGCAGGCAACUCAUGUUGACUCACGUGAAUCGCUAUUAUCUAGCCAGCUGUGUUGGUUAAAUGCAUUAAUUCGAUCAAAAGAAGAUAAUUUUAUGCUGAAAGAUACACGUAUAAAUAUACCUUUUAAAAAAAUAAACUUGGUUUUUUCUUGAUAUUUAUUUCUGUGAAUAACAGCGUAAAUUGUUUUCUGCUACUUUGCUAUAAUAUUUGCAUUGGUCUCGCUGUGCAGAUGAAUAACAUUGCAUAUUCCCGGAUAAAAGUCUGAUAAUUUUCUGAUCUCACAGGUUUGCAGGACAUGUGGGCUUCUGGGCUACUACAACCAUAAGCUCAAGACUGCUGUCUGUUCAACGUGCAAGAAUGGAGACAGUAUUUCUACUCUGAAGUUACCAUAUGCUUGCAAAUUGCUAUUUCAGGUUAGUACAUGCUCAAAUAAAUGGUACAUUUCCUCCUCAUGCCAUUCAAUUCUCAUGCCGGUAUACAAACUUGCACCAUUAUCUUUUAAAAUUAUUUAUAUUCUGUAGUCAUCCCAACAUCUUGGAUUUCAGAAGGUCGAUUAAACUAGGAACUCUGAAUUGGAUUGGCUGAAAUCCGUGGAAGGAACUCGAAUUGAAAUCUGUAAAAACCGAAUAAACAUUCAAGUACAAUUUUAAUGAACACUCAUGUAUGGUAUAUACUCAAUACACAAUCGUAAGUUUGGACUUUCUCUUAAAAGACCCUCCCCUUCAUUUUUCUGGUCUUCUGCGUGGCAGCCAUGAGGUUAGACGCUGCACCCUCAUUCUUUUCAUUUUCUUUUUACUGUUUCUCUCUAUCUUCUUCUUGUACGAAAUUCCAUUGGGAUUGGAGAUCUUUAGUUGACAUUUCAUAAAAAAUAGACCUUUAAACCGUUUACUCCAGCAGUUAACGUUGAGUAAUACCUCUAAAUGGAUGCUUUGGACUUUUCAUAUUCAGUGGUCCAAGAUUACUAACUCUGGUUAUGGCCAUCACUAACCUCUCCCUCAUGUUUUCUUGACCCAUUCCCUCUCCACCUCCAGGAGCUGCAGUCGAUGAACGUUGUGCCUCGGCUAAAGCUGACUGAAGCAUAA